ACCGCCCAGGAACUCGUAAACCUCUUCUCUGUUCGUUGAACGUUUCUCAAACUGUGUCGCCGGCGUAACCAUGCCCCAAGGAGAUUACAUAGAACGUCAUAGAAGAGACUAUGGCUACCGCCUCGAUCACUUCGAGCGGAAGCGCAAGAAAGAGGCUCGUCAAGUUCACAAACGCUCUGCAAUGGCUCAGAAGGCACUUGGUAUUAAGGGUAAGAUGAUUGCGAAGAAAAAUUAUGCUGAAAAGGCGCAGAUGAAGAAGACUUUGGCCAUGCAUGAAGAGUCAACAUCUAGGCGCAAGGCUGAUGAUAAUGUUCAAGAUGGGGCAGUUCCUGCAUAUCUUCUGGACCGUGAUAACACUACCAGAGCAAAGGUUCUUAGUAACACCAUUAAGCAAAAGAGGAAGGAGAAGGCUGGGAAAUGGGAUGUUCCGCUACCUAAGGUACGUCCUGUGGCUGAAGAUGAAAUGUUCAAAGUGGUUCGAUCUGGUAAAAGAAAGACCAAGCAAUGGAAGAGGAUGGUUACCAAAGCUACAUUUGUUGGACCUGGUUUUACCAGAAAACCUCCAAAGUAUGAGCGUUUCAUUCGUCCAACAGGAUUGCGGUUCACUAAAGCUCAUGUCACUCAUCCAGAACUCAAAUGCACAUUCAAUCUAGAACUAAUUGGGGUAAAGAAAAACCCUAAUGGCCCUAUGUACACCUCUCUUGGUGUCAUUACCAAGGGAACUAUAAUUGAGGUGAAUGUUAGUGAGCUUGGCCUUGUCACACCUGCAGGAAAAGUUGUGUGGGGUAAAUAUGCUCAGGUUACCAAUAACCCAGAAAAUGAUGGUUGUAUAAAUGCUGUUUUGCUUGUUUAAGGCCAUAGCAAGGAUUGGACUUCCAACUUGAUUUCAAAAGCGAUGGUCAAAGUCCCUCUCCUAUGUUUUUUGCGGUCUUAUACUGUCACUGUAUCCGCCGUCCCCAAUGUUCGAAGGAAGUUGCACCACCAUCUUUGUCAAUAUCUGAGAUUUUGUCAGGGAAAUCAGUGAAGCAUUUUUGUUAUCAGAUUGCAAUACUCACUUGUUCUAUUCUUAUUUAGAUAGUCAAUGCAAAUGAUCAGAUCUAGCACUUGACAUUUGAAGGUACAAGUCAGAUAAAGUUAUUUGCAGAUGCAGCAUUUUGGCAGCAAAUAUUAUGUCAUAUAUUGAAAAAUUUAAUGAAGGACCACUAGCCUAAAGCAUGUUUUCUUGAAUGUACUUUUUAAUGUGAAUUGAU